AUGAAUAUGAAGGGCUUCAUCAUCCUCGCGGCUUUUGCUCUUGGCACUCAUGCCCUCUUCGCCCGCGACAACAGCAGCAGCAUUUGCUGCUUUCAACUUAACAGCCCCGCCGGUCCUGUCGGCCAGCUUAGUGAUGGACAAAACCGUGUCGGUGAUAACAGUCUGCCUACUGCGCAGUUUUGUAUUAGCGCAGAUGGCUCUAUCACCGAUGGCAGUGGCCGUGGCUGUAUUCUAACCCCACCGACUACUCAGUUUCAAUGUGAUGUGGGUGCUACUCCUACCCCAGGUUUCUCUAUUAGCUCUUCUGGCUUGCUGGAGUUCAACGGAAACCCUACCUUCAUUGUCUGCGAGACCGGCCAGAACGGUGGUGAGAACAUCCAUACCGCGGAACCCAUCCCUCUCGGCCAGUGCACAAAUAUACAGUUAACAGCCAACGCAUGCUUCGGCACUCCCUCUAUGAAAGCCGUCACUAGGACAGCCGCCACUAAGACCGCCACCACUACGGCAGCCGCCACUACGACAGCCGCCACUACGGCAGCCACCACUACGGCAGCCACCACUACGGCAGCCGCCACUACGACAGCCGCCACUACGACAGUCGCCGCAUCGGCGAGCAGUAGCUGUCCCACCACCCUGUCCUCAGGCAACUUUGAGUUCCCACAUCUGAUCAUCCCUAUCAAUUCAGCGUCUCCCGGAACCGCCGCUGGCACUCAAUUUAACGGCACGGUGACCUCAACCAUUUCAAGCAUCUUCAACUUCGACAUCCCCCCGUCUGAUUCCGGCAAAACUUGCACCCUAAUCUUCUCGUUCCCUCAGGAGGCCGACCUCCAAACUUCGUCCUUCAGCUUCAGCGGGGACGGAAAGAUCGAUGUUGCUAGGCUUUCUGGGGCUGCUUCUAGUUCGACUACCUUUAAUAAUGCACCCUCUGUCUCCCAGGACUUAGGUGAUAUCACUAUCUCACCUGGUAACACAUUUGUGGUUUCGACCUUCUCGUGCCCCGCUGGCCAGACUGUUGCCUUCGAGAUGAAGAAUGCCGGCAGCACUAAUCUCAAUUUCUUCGAAGACUUCAACCCCCCUCCUCUGGGUCUAUUCAUCACUGUCUGCUAA